CAAAACUCUGAGGUGAUGCUCGCAUUCUAGAACUGAUAUUCUCGCGUUCUCGAAUACACCCAUAUAUAAACGCAUCAGAUUUGAUCAUGUCUGCUGAGGUCGAGGAGUCGGCACCCGCCCAAGCCCCUGCUCCAGCAGAAACCAAAACGAAGAAGGCAUCGGCGAAUAAGGCAAAACCUGCCGUGACUGCUUCUCCAGCUAAAAAGAAGAAAAAGAAGAGUAAGGGGCCCGGAAAGUACAGCCUGCUCGUCAUCGAUGCGAUCCGAACCCUGGGCGAGAAAAACGGCUCAUCGCUUUUCAAGAUAUACAACGAAGCGAAGAAAGUGAGCUGGUUUGAUCAGCAGAACGGCCGCAUGUAUCUGCGCUACUCCAUCCGCGCGCUCCUGCUCAACGACACGCUCGUGCAGGUGAAGGGACUGGGAGCCAACGGCUCGUUCAAGCUCAAUAAGAAGAAAUUCGAGAAAAAACCAAAGAAGAGUGCCACCAAGGCGACCAAGACAGAAAAACCUAAAAAGCCUGCGUCCAAAAAAGCUGCGACCAAGAAAGUGACUGCAAAGAAGAGCGCCAAAAAGAGCCCCGUUAAAAAGAAGACAUCGAAGAAGACGAUCAGCGUCAAGAAGGCGACACCCAAACCGAAGAAAGCAGCUGCAAAAAAGCCCAAAGUCGCGGUGAAGAAGGCAACCAAGGCGAAGAAAUCAAAAUAGACUUUCUGUGAAAACGAAGAAUAAUAUUUUUGUAUAGCUUCUUGGAAGGAGAACACAGAGAUAGAGGGGAGAUUUUAUUAUUUUUUAUUUUUAGAUAUAUUUUGAUAUUUUGUUGACUAGGUCAUUUAGGGUUUGGUCAGAUGUAGUUCUUCUAGAAACGGCUUCAUAGAGACACACCCACUUUAGUUUCUGCGCUGCAAGACGUCAUGCUUAUUCUUAAAUGAAAGUGAAAGUUUCGUUUGCUGCACUAAACAGGAUAUGGUUACUUACUAGCUAACUAGACGAAGAUGAACGCUUUGUGGAUAUAAGCAAGGACAGUGUUUUUUCAUAUGAAAUGUUGCUGAGCGGCAAAAAAACAUGUAUGUCCAAUAAAUCCUUUUUUUUUUUAAAUAAAAAUGAUUGCACAACCUU